AUGUUGAUGUCCGCCCUCUCCGGGCUCGCAGCUAUGUCUGCUCCGGCCUUGGUGUCUUCUCUCUUGAUGGGAAUGAUCAUCUUGUGCUUUAUCAUCCUUGGUAUUGCCAUCUUCAACAUCUUUGUAUACCCCUUCUAUGUCUCGCCUCUCCGACAUCUGCCCGGUCCUACCGACAACGCCUUCUUCCUUGGCCAGGCCGCAAAGUUCCUUCAGGUCCCUUGGUUCCCCGAACUCUUCUGCAAGUGGUCUCGAGACCAUCCUGAAGCACCUCUUAUCCGAUAUCUGAACUUCGCCAACGGUGAGACUCUCUUCGUCAACACCAUGGACGCAUACAAGCAAGUCCUCCAGACCAAAGCCUCCUUCUUCGUAAAGCCCGCCUUUGCUCGCCAGUUCGCACAUGAAAUCAUCGGUGAUGGACUUCCUUUCGUCGAAGGUAAGCUUCACAAGGUCCGCCGCCAGGCCAUCAGCCAGCCCUUCUCGGCUCCACGCCUCAAGGCCUUCUUCCCUACUGUCCAGACCAAGGCCGAGCAAUUGAUUCGCGUUUUGACUCAACGACAUGCUGAGAAUGGCAACAUCGAAAUCGAGACCCAUGUUUGGAAGACCGUCCUUGAUGUCAUCGGACUUGAAACCUUUGGCCUUGAUCUGAACCAUCUCGAAUCUGACGAGUCUCCCUUGUUCGAGACCUUCACUAAUAUGAUGCAGCCUUCUGCAGUCGGCCAUAUCGUCAACUAUCUGAACUCUCUGGUUCCAGUCCGCCAAUUCGUCCCUAUCCAAGAAUGUGUCGAGUUCUCUCAGAGCUGCAGCAAGGUCCGCGAUUUCAUCCAUGGCUUUGUCAACAUUCGACGAAACCUGAGCGAGAAGGGUCAAUCCAACCAUGGAGAUGCUCUUCAAUGCCUCCUGGACCACGACGAUGCCGCUUGGAACGACGAAAGCAUUGUCGAAUACAUCCUGAACCUCUUGAUUCUUGGACACGACACCACUGCCUGCUCCAUCACUUGGGCUAUCCACGAACUCUCGCGCCGACCCGACGUUCAGCAGCGCCUUCGAGAAGAAAUAAUGGACCUGGACAACACUUGCCCCAUGCCCUUCUUCCCCGAUAUCGACAAGCUUCCCUACCUGCACAACUUUGUGCGCGAAGUUCUCCGCCUCUACUGCGCAGUCGCCAUGGCACCUCGCCAAGCCACUCAGGAUGUCGAAAUCGCCGGUGUUGUUCUCCCCAAGGGAACUGUCAUCCAGCUCUCGCCUGCUGUCAUGAACACUCACCCCUCCGUCUGGGGUCCUGACGCUCGAGACCUCAACCCUGACCGCUGGAAUGAUCUGUCGGGCAACGCUGCGAGUGCCUACGCAUUUGAGACGUUCCACAACGGCCCGCGAAUGUGCAUCGGCAAGCAGCUUUCCAUGAUGGAGAUGAAGGUCAUCCUGGUCGAGAUUCUCCGAAAGUUCAGAAUCGAGAAGCCUGUUGGCGCCGAAAACAAGAAAGUUGAAGUCGCUGGCCCAACUUUCACUCUCCGCCCCAAGGAGAAGUUGGUUGUUCGCUUGGUGGAGUUGUAA